ACGAGGUUGUGAAGGAAGGACGAGCUCCGUGGCGGCGGCGACGCUGCCCGGGUGCUCACCCCGACUCGGCGAGCACUGUGGCGGCAAUGAAGCGGCAGAACGCCCGCACCCUGGCGCUCAUCGUCAGCAUUCUCACCUACUUGGUGGUGGGCGCCGCCGUGUUCGAGACGCUGGAGUCCCGCGAAGAGCGCAGCCACAAGCGGCGGUUGGAAGGACGACGCCAGGAAAUGAUGCGCAAGUUCAACCUGAGUCGGGCCAACUUCGACGAACUGGAGCAGGUGGUCGGCCAGCUGCGUGCGCACAAAGCGGGCGUGCAGUGGCGCUUCGCCGGCUCCUUCUACUUCGCCCUGACUGUCAUCACCACCAUUGGUUACGGCCACGCAGCUCCCAGCACAGACUCAGGGAAAGUUUUCUGCAUGUUCUACGCCCUGCUAGGCAUCCCGCUCACCCUGGUCAUGUUCCAGAGCCUGGGCGAGCGCAUCAACACUCUAGUGCGCCACCUGCUGCACCGAGCCAAGAAAUGCCUGGCGCUGCGCCGUACCGAGGUCUCCAUGGCCAACAUGGUGGCGGUGGGCUUCCUUUCCUGUGCAGGCACCCUGUGCGUUGGGGCGGCUGCCUUCUCCCACAGCGAGGGCUGGAGCUUCCUGCACGCCUUCUACUACUGCUUCAUUACACUCACCACCAUCGGCUUUGGUGACUACGUGGCACUACAGCGGCAUGACGCUCUACAAAAGGAGCCGCGCUACGUGGCCUUUUGCUUUGUCUACAUCCUGACAGGCUUGACGGUCAUUGGCGCCUUCCUCAACUUGGUGGUGCUGCGCUUCCUCACCAUGAACGCCGAGGACGAGCGGCGUGACGCCCUGAGGCACAGAAACCCGCCAGACAGUGGCAAGCCCACUUCCGAGGUAGCGCUCCUGCCACCGCCCGCCACUGCGCCGAAGCCCAAAGACGUCUACACGGAAGUACUGCAAUUCCAGACAGUCUGCUCGUGCCUGUGGUAUCGCAGCGAAGACAAGCCGCGGGAAUCCUCUCCUGCCUUCCCCGGGGAGCUAGGCUUCUCUGACGCCUACCUGCCGCGGGACGGUACACGGUAUGCCGAGACGGCGUCCACCGGCUGCAUCUGCACGCCACGCCGACACUCGGGGAAGCGCCUAGACUUUCUCUCGUCGUUCAGAAAUUUUUUGAGGCGCAGCUCUGUGUAGUGGCAAAGCUACACCAGACACUUUGUGGUAGAUUUUCAAUUUGUGGUGCUAAAAAAAUACUUGCUAUGUGGGCUGAGGUAUUCUUCAGGUAUGCAGAAAUUAAACAGCAUCUAUGUGAGUUCAGUUGGAUGAAGAAAAAAACACCCUGAAGAACUCAAAAUCAAUGGCAAAUACAGUGUUGCAUGAAAACAAACUUCCAUUAAGAGCAGAUUGGCUAAAACAAAAGUGAUAAAACUGGGCAACAGAAUUUAUAUUGUUUUUUAGUCAUUUUUGCGUGCGGAAUCCCAAAACUGAUCUCAGUUCUUCACUAUCACGUAAUGUCUUAGAACGAUAGAUCCCUGUUUACAGUAUAACACAAAACCCCACUGUACUUAACAUACAGUGGGGUAAAUACGUAUUUAGUCAACCACUAAUUCUGCAAGU